AUGUUGCAGGAUAUGGAGGAGCAUAUGGCUUGCAUUAGAGAGCAUUUGUUGACUUCUCAAGAUAGACAGAAGAAAUAUGUGGAUGUCCAUCGAGUGGACAAGCAGUUUUUUGUUGGUGACAGGGUAUUUCUGAGAGUUCGCUCGCGAAAGAGUCCGAUCCGUUAUGAAAAAUGCUCUAAGUUGGCAGCUCGAUUUGUUGGACCUUUUGAUAUUUUGGAGUGGAUUGGUCCUGUCGAGGACAAGCAGCUUUCUAUGGAACCCAUGCGCAUUCAUCAGCACAGAGAGAUAUCUCUCAGAGGUCAGAGCAUAGAGCAGGUAAAGUUCCAUUGGGAUCUGAUUGAUGAUUCUUCAGCUACAUGGGAGGAUGCAGUGCGGAUGAAAGAGCUAUAUCCCUAUUUGUUCUCAGGCUUCCAGCAAUAA